UUCUCGCACCAACGACAAUCAUCAUGCCGACCAACGCCAAGGUCCUAGCGCAUGAGUUCCUCAAGGACUUGGAGCGCGACUCGUACUUUCCCCCGGACCUCGUACUCAAGGGGAAGCAGCUGUUGCGGCAAUUGUGCGACGACAUCGAAGAAGCCAAGCCGUUAACCCCUGCCGGUCUGCUAGACUUGACGCAUGCCACCACGGAAUCGUUCAACGAGCUUGAAGAAGAAUUCGAAGCCCGUGGAAGUAUGUUGGAGACAGUCGCACGAGACGCCAUUGGGUCUGACAUAGGGUUCAUCGCCGCUGCCUAUGGCUUUGACGUGGAUGUAGAAGAACUUAUUUCGAAUCGAGAGUGGUAAUCCAAUAUGAAAUGCCAUGUCUUGGGUUGUCGUGGUCAGAAUGGUCGUCACGCUCGC